AUGAAAGUAAUACGCAGAGACAAACCCUGGUGUCUGGAGCUUCUCUUCAGUUUCUGCCUGGCAGCUCUCCCCAGCAGCAGCGCCUGUCCCAGGCUCUGCGCCUGCUAUGUCCCCACCGAAGUACAUUGUACGUUCCGGUACUUCACCGCCAUCCCACCGCACAUCCCUCCACAUGUGGAGCGCAUCAAUUUGGGUUACAACAGCUUGCUUAAACUGACUGAAACAGAUUUCUCUGGCCUGGAGAAACUGGAGUUACUGAUGCUGCACAGCAAUGAGAUAAAUGCAAUCCCUGAUAAAGUGUUCAAUGAUUUACGUUCAUUACAGGUCUUAAAAAUGAGUUAUAACAAGGUCAGAGUACUUCAGCAAGAUGUUUUUUAUGGUCUGAAGAGCUUGGUACGGUUGCAUAUGGACCACAAUAGAAUUGAAUUUGUAAAUCCUAAUGUUUUCUAUGGACUCACAUCACUGAGGUUGGUCCAUUUGGAAGGAAAUUUACUUAAGCAGCUUCAUCCUGAUACUUUCGUCACCUUGCGCUAUAUUGAAAUAUUUAAAAUAUCCUCCAUAAAACAUAUAUAUUUGUCUGAUAAUUUGUUGACUUCACUGCCAGAAGAAAUGUUUUCCCACAUGUCUGAGCUGGAGAGCAUUUACCUUCAUGGAAACCCUUGGUCCUGUGAUUGCAAUCUACAGUGGUUUGCCAAAUGGGCAAAAGAGAGACCAGAUGUUAUAAAGUGCAAAAAAGACAGAAGCUCUUCUAGUGCUCAGCAAUGCCCAGCUUGUGCUAACCCCAAAAACUGUAAAGGGAAAAACUUAGCGGAUAUUCCACCUGCAUCCUUAACUUGUACUAAGCCAGCCAUACAUCACUCCCUAAAACUGAAAAACAUCACAAUGCCAGAUGAUGGGGAUUUCAGUUCUGUAUCUCCCAAGGACUUUAUAGCUCCUAUAGGAUCCAUGGUUUUGAACAUGACUGACCAAGCAGGAAGUCAAGGUAACUUGGUUUGCAGCAUCCAAAACCCUAAAGAAAUGUCUCCUAUCUCAUUUGGCAAAGAUGGCAACAAUACAGUACUCAAAGUGUCAUUCUCAGCAUUUCUUGUGUGUGGCAUUGAUUAUGAACAUAUUCAGCAGCUAUGGAGCAUAUUGGCCCUGUACAGUAAUUCUCCCCUUGAACUAGAAAGGAAUAGCCUAUCAACUAAAAUGCCUUUUAUUAGUUACAAAUAUAAACAAAUCUACUCUGAAAAGAAUGAACUUUUUACCAAUAUAGAAACUGAACUGAGAGCUGAACCGUCUUGGUUAAUGCAAAACAAAGUGGCAUUACAGCUAGACAGGACAGCAACCACACUUAACACAUUACACAUCCAAUACUUUACUGAUGCUCAGAUUAUUUUGCCCAGUGUUGACAAAAAACAGAUGAGAAAUAACUGGACAAUCAUUUCCAGGGACAACAAAACACAAACCCAACACACUGUUUUAGUUGGGGGGACAGUGGAACUAGAUUGCCAAGCAAUUGGAGAACCAAAUCCUGCAAUAGAGUGGAUACUGGCUGAUGGGAGCAAAGUUAGAGCUCCUCACCUCAGUGAAGACGGAAGAAUCAUAGUAGUUAAAACUGGAACAUUUACGUUACGAACAGCUGAUACUUUUGACACUGGACUUUAUCAUUGCAUAGGAACAAAUUAUGAUGAUGCAGAUACUCUCACAUUUAGAAUUACUGUCGUUGACCCUUAUGUGGAACAGAAUCAUGUAAAUGGAGCUCAACUGUCUACAUUUGUUGGUAGUGUACUCUACCUUCCUUGUCCAUCCACUGCUGUUCCAGAUGCUUCCAUUAGUUGGGUGUUACCUGAGCAUGUGAUCCUUCAUCAUUCUAUAGGAAACAAACAUAUUUUUGAAAACGGUACCUUGAAAAUUCAAGGGGUGACAAAACAAGACAGCGGCUAUUUUAGAUGUGUUGCAGCCAACCAGUACGGUGUUGAUCUUUUGGUAUUUCACGUUCUGGUUAAAAUGGAUGAAACCACACCACAGCAAAAGCAUGUCGCUGUGAGAGAAUGGGAAGAAGGAGAGGGCUCUGGCAAUGUAAUGCUUGCCUCCGUUACAAGACAUAAAAAUUCUUCAGCUUCUCUGGCUACCUUGACAGCUAAUCAGGAAUCUGCUACUUCAGCACCUAGAAAGCAGACCAUACAGAGUGCAAACAACAGGAGCAGCUAUGGAAAAAUGACAUACUGGCACCACAGGGAGAAAAUAAGCAGAAGGUUUAGAGGACACAGAAGACAGUUUCUUUCCUCAGCCAGGAGGGUUGAUCCACAGCGCUGGGCAGCCUUUUUGGAAAAAGCAAAGAGGAACUCAACACUGAUACAAAAACAAGGAACAGUUAAAACAAACUCGCCUACUGAAGUCCGUAAGUCCUCAAAAGUAUCUGAGGAUGAGGAAGAAACAUCAGGUGAUCCCACAUCUCCAGAACUAGAAUCUGUCAUACUGGCAACUAAGACACCCACUGUAUCUCCUCUGAGAAAAGUAAUCGAAAACAUGACAAGUGCAGAAUUUGUGAUUAUCACAAGUAACACUCUUGCUAGGAAAACUUCUGUCUUGGUUACAGAGGCAGUAACUCCACUAGUUUCUCCAUUUUCACAGUCUGUCUCACCUGACACCAGAAGGCCACAAACAUAUUUAAAACCUGCAGUCACAAACCCUAAAUCUCUGGAAAGCUCUGAUUUAAGUCAAAUAUCAGCAAAUGAUAUAGAACAAUCAACUGUAUCAAAUGGAGCAAGUAGAACAUCUAUGGUUUUCAAUACUGGACACAGAUUGGUAACUUCUGAGGAAGAUAAUACCCAAUAUUUAAAAUAUUUAUCUACCAAACCCAUGACGAGCAUUACUGACACCAGCAAGGAUGUAAACCCCCUAAAAACAGCAGAAAAACUACAUGUUUUUAGUGAGCCUAUUGAUAAGACUUCAACCAAAACAGCUUAUCAGGUACCCGCAGCAACAGUCAGUGAACCAAGUAAUGAGUUAAGUCAUGUUUAUUUUCAUCGUACUCAGAAACUAGUAACUUCUAAGCUACCAUUGGGCUUAACUAACAUUACCCAUCGGCAAAUUCAGCUUAUUGGAGAUGUUACAACUCAUACACCCCAGGCCCAGCAGCAAUAUGGAAGACGAAGGAAAAUUUCUGGUAGGAGACGAGUUGUCAGACCAGACCGAAUUCCAGGUAUGAAAGAGCAAAGAUACAAUUUGGGGGGACCAGGUUCUAUGAGAGGAAGAGCAGUUAUGGUUCCAGGUGUCCAACCAAUUACAAAAUAUAUCUCAAACUCACUCACCUUAAAUAACUUAGGUAGUUCUCUCAACCCAUUUAGCCCAGAAGCACCUCUGUCCUCACCCUUUACUACAAACACACCAUUAGAGCACCCAACAGGUACUCAUGAAAACAGAGCAUUCCUCAUGGAAGAGAAAAAUGAACCUACUGCAAGACAAAAAGCUACUGCUACAAUCAACACAGAAGGCACACAAGAUGAUCCUCAGUGGAAACCUGAGACUAGUGCUUCAUUUCAAACAAACACUGAUAGAGUCCAAUCUGUUAGUACCAGUCUACCAACAACAGCAAUCAACACACCUUAUGUUGCUACAGAAAUUACACCACAUACUGUAAGCGCUAAGAUAUCAUCUACUUUUGAACCUAUCUCACUCAACGUUAAGUCUAGAACAUUGUCAAAAAAUUUCCACACAGGAAAAAAUACUUGGGAGCACAUCUUAGGGAACAACACAGAAAAGGUACUAUUGAAGAAGCUGCCCAAAAAACACACAGAGAUGUUUCCAUCAGAGAUAUCAACCACACAUCCUAAAACUACAGCAGUGUUAUCUAUGUCCAAAGUUUCUCCUUUACACUUCACACCUAUUUCAAGCAAGGAGAAUCAAACUGCUGGUUUCUUGUCUCUAAACAGACACAUUCAUCAUGACAAUGGUAUGUCAGAAGAACACUCCGCCACUGCAGAACUGCAUUCUUACUCUAAUCCUGCAACUAUUACAACCGAAGAAAUGGACGGAACAAGUUUGAAGCCGACAGUUAUAUCUAUUACUACUCAAACUGAUACCAAAAUCACUAAAAGUAGAAUGCUCAGGGUGGGAAGAAAGAGAGGCCAGAGGCGGAAGAGGCCACAUAAAACACCUGCUUCACAAAGUAAGACUGCAGGCCGCAGCACUACAGUGAUUUCAUCAGUGAAUACAGCUUUAUCUGUCUUGACAACAAUUAAAUCACUAACUUUGCCUACAAGCCUUAUGCCCAUGAGAUCCCUCUCUGAGCACACAAGCACUAUCAUCUCAGCUGCAGAAACGACAGCACGUUCCCUUCUUAGCACAACAGACGUACCUCAUCAGGCGCCUACAACAAACAGACCUACCUCAGCGACACCAGUCCCACAGAAGAGCACCCCACCGAUUCAGCUUCCACCCGACGGCCGUAUUGCUCAGAACCCCACUGCUGCCAUCCAGACCACACCACUGUUUUCCAAGCCUUUCCCCACCACAAGUGCACCACCUGCCACAGCGUUUGUCACACCUGGAUCAGAACCUGCUCAGCAAAGCAAAGCCACUACAGUGGCAGGUAAAAAAUCACACCCCAAAAUGGAAGAUCACAUUGCACAGUCUGUGUCCCCAGGAAGAGCUGAGCUAUGCACCAGAACGCCUGCUGUAACCACACACAUCGUUUCUCCCAGUAUUCAGCCUCCCACCCCGCUGCCAACCCUGACAGCAGGCAUGCCACCUGCAGCUAUUAUGAGAACCAGUUCACCUCCAUGGUGGGAAAACAAGCUCUGGUAUAAGCCAUCUACUAAAGUUACAGAAAGAGGCAAAACAUUAACUGUCAAUACACUGACGGUAUUAAAGUCAUCACAGAGCUCUACUCCAUAUGCUCCUACAUGGGGAAGGGACAAGGAAAAUCCUGUCAGAGGCUGGUCUGAAAACAAACAAGAUCAAGAAACUACCACGAACAAUCCUAUAACUUUGGGCUCCUACAGAAAGCAUUUUGCAAAGCCCAGAAUAAUCGGUGGAAAAUUAGCUGCUUUUACUGUGCUAGCUAAUUCAGAUGCUUUCAUUCCUUGUGAAGCUACUGGUAACCCCCUUCCAACAAUACAAUGGACCAAGAUAUCAUCAGAGCCUGAUGCACCAAAAGGCACACACGACCGGAGGUUCGAAGUCUUUGCCAACGGUACCCUCUCCAUCGCGGAGGUGAGCGUCCAGGACGGCGGACAGUACCUGUGUGUUGCAGCCAACCAGCACGGCUCGGCGCGGCUCCUGGUCACUCUGUCGGUGGUGGCCUAUCCGCCACGGAUUGUAGAGGGGAGAUCCCAGGUCAUCACCGCCCAUUCCGGAGAGCCUGUGGCAGUGACUUGCAAAGCUGAGGGGAGGCCUGCUCCCACCUUUUCGUGGAUUCUGGCAAAUAAAACAUAUGUCUCAGACUCUUCCACGGGAAGUAAAAGAGUUUUUGUGCAACCAGAUGGCACUUUAAUAAUCAGGGAAGUUACUGUUUAUGACAGGGGCCUUUACAAAUGCAUGGCUAAUAACCCAGCUGGCACCGAUACGCUGGUUGUAAAACUGCAAGUCAUUGCAGCACCUCCCAUUAUUCUGGAAGAAAAGAGACAACGUAUUGAAGGAAUGAUGGGGGAAAACCUGAAACUCCCUUGCACUGCAAAAGGAAACCCUCAUCCCAGCAUUCACUGGGUCCUCUUUGACGGGACUGUAGUGAAACCUUUGCAGUUCGUGAAUGGGAAACUCUUCCUGUUUUCCAAUGGAACCCUCCACGUGAGAAACACUGCUCCUUCCGACAGCGGGAAUUACGAGUGCAUAGCCACAAGCUCCACUGGCUCAGAGAGGAGGGUGGUACGUCUUGUGGUGGAACACAGAGAUACACUUCCAAAAAUAGCUAAUGCCUCUCAGAAAAUGACUCAGGUGAAUUUCGGGGACAAGUUGCUUCUGAACUGCACAGCUACUGGGGAGCCAAAGCCCAGGAUAAUCUGGAGGUUACCUUCCAGGGCAGUUGUUGACCAGUGGCACAGAAUGGGAAGUCGCAUCCAUGUAUUUCCCAAUGGAUCACUGGUUAUCGAGGCAGUUACUGAGAAGGAUGCAGGUGACUACUUAUGUGUUGCAAGAAACAAAAUUGGAGAUGAUCUGAUACUAAUGAAAGUCAGCAUCGUAAUGAAACCAGCCAAGAUUGACCAGAAACAGUAUUUUAAAAAACUGGUUCCUUAUGGAAAAGAUUUCAAAGUGGACUGCAAGGCCUCUGGGUCACCUGCACCGGAGAUAUCCUGGAGUUUGCCAGAUGGCACAAUGAUCAACAACGUGAUGCAGGCAGAUGAUGGCGGACGCAGAUCUCGGAGAUACGUCCUCUUUGACAAUGGAACUCUGUAUUUGAAUAAAGUUGGAAUAACAGAAGAAGGGGAUUAUACUUGCUAUGCUCAAAACACCCUGGGAAGAGAUGAAAUGAGGAUACACAUCACAGUUGUGACAACUGCCCCUCAGAUAAAGCACAGCUACAAGACGUACAUUCAAGUGAAAGCUGGAGAUACGGCAUUAUUAGACUGUGAAGUUGUUGGAGAACCCAAGCCAAAAAUAUUCUGGUUACUACCUUCCAGUGACAUGAUCUCCUUUUCAACAGAUCGGUAUCUCCUGCAUGUUAAUGGUUCUCUAACAGUCAGUCAAGUCAAACUGUUAGAUGCCGGGGAGUAUAUGUGUGUCGCUCGUAAUCCUGGAGGGGAUGAUACAAAACUGUAUAAACUGGAUGUUGUUUCUAAACCACCUAUCAUAAAUGGUUUAUACACAAACAGGACAAUCAUGAAAGUGACGGCAGUGAGGCAUUCAAAGAAGCAAAUUGAGUGUAGGGCAGAAGGGACACCUCCCCCUCAGAUUAUGUGGAUCAUGCCCGAUAAUAUUUUCCUAACAGCUCCAUAUUAUGGGAGCAGGAUUACAGUGCACAGAAAUGGGACACUUGAAAUUCGGAACCUAAGGCCUUCUGACACAGCGGAUUUUAUCUGUGUGGCACGUAAUGAUGGGGGAGAGAGUAUGUUGGUGGUGCAGCUGGAGGUAUUAGAAAUGCUAAGGCGACCAAUGUUUAAAAAUCCAUUCAAUGAAAAAGUAAUAGCAAAACCUGAAAAAACUACCAUUUUGAAUUGUUCUGUGGAUGGAAAUCCUCCACCUGAAAUAAUGUGGAUGUUGCCUAAUGGCACGUGGUUUUCCAGCGGGAUCAAGACUGCUCAGUUCCUCACUGGAAGCAACGGUUCCCUUACCAUCUAUAACACUGCCAGAGGUGACGCAGGAAAGUACCGCUGUGCUGCUAGGAAUAAAGUUGGCUAUAUCGAAAAGCUGAUCAUCUUGGAAGUUGGCCAGAAGCCCAAUAUUCUCAUUCAUCCAAAAGCACCCGUGAAGGGUGUCAGCGGGGAGUCACUGUCACUUCACUGUCUGUCGGAGGGGAGUCCCAAGCCAAAUACAGCGUGGACUGUACCAGGCGGCUACGUGCUGGAUCGACCUCAGAUCAACAGGAAAUACAUACUACUUGAAAAUGGUACUUUAGUUAUACGGGAAGCUACCAUUCACGACCGAGGAAAUUACGUGUGCAAGGCUCAUAACAAUGCUGGAGAUUCAUCUGUAACCGUUCCUGUAACCAUCGUCGCCUAUCCCCCAAGGAUUACAAACAGGCCGCCCCAGAGCAUUCGCACAGUGCCUGGUGCAGCAGUUCAGCUCAACUGCAUAGCGCUGGGCAUACCAAAACCAGAAAUCACGUGGGAGCUACCUGACCACUCGAUACUCUCCGCGGGUAACCCAGGCCGACCAUCCGGGAGCGAACUCCUCCAUCCCCCAGGGACAUUAGUCAUCCAGAAUCCCCGACCCUCAGAUUCUGGCAUGUACAAGUGCACGGCUAAGAAUAAUCUUGGCAGUGAUUUCACAGUUACAUAUAUUCAAGUCAUUUGAAAUAAGAAAUGCAGCGUGAAUGGUUGUUAACAAAGUCUACAGCUGGACUGAGUUUGGUUUUGGAGCAAAUUUAAUGAAAGGCAGCCACAGGCAUGUAAGUGAAGCUAAAUACAUUAACAGUAUUCAGUCUGCAAUGACCUUGCAAAAAAGAGAACAGGGGCUUAGGGAAGAAAAAAAAAAAAAAAGGUUUAGCAUUAUUGUCUAGCAUCAAUUUCAGUGAUUAAAUGGACUUAAACAACAACCAAGUUGAGGCACUUUUGUUCUGCCAACAGAGAACAUUAUCUAAAAUUACUUUCCAGAAACGUACCUGGAGAUCUUCAGUGAAGGACAGACUUUAUCAUGUUAGUUUAAUACUGUCCACCUUGUACGACUACAAUGAGCAUGGAGCAUGUAAUGCAAGAGUAUUUAAGAACCAAAGAGCAGAUUUUAUUGUGAUGCAGAUUAUCUUCCUGAUACAUCUUAAUAUUUAGUCAGAUUUUUCAAAUAAAUA